CACCCUAGAUAGUGCACUAACUUAACAAGCGGGAACAAUUCUGGAGUCAACCCAUGUCAAAUUCUUGUGCGGCUUGUGAAGUGAAUCAGAAGGAACAGCUGGAAGACGGAGGAAAAACACAGCUUCGGUCUACAAGGGCUACCUGAGACAUAAUGCUGACAGAAAAUGGAUGCUCCUGAAUAUUUGGACCUAGAUGAGAUUGAUUUCACUGAUGAUUUAUCUUACACGUCAAAGAGCAUUCCAGAACUUUGUCGGAGAAAUGAUGGACAAGCAGAAGAGAGACAAGCUCCUGGCAUCAACUGGAGUCGAAGUGCUUCCUCACUUAGUGGAAGUGGAAUCAAACCCACUGGAAUUGCUGAUGUGUACAGCAAAUUCAGACCUGUUAAAAGGGUCUCACCACUUAAGCAUCAACCAGAGGUUUUGGACACUGAGGCUGACAGUAAAAGUCCUGGGCAAAAUGUAGAGCGAAACAGUUCCCCCAAAGGGCUCCAAGCAAGUGUGAGUUCAUGUGAUAUUCAGGCACUCAAGUGCAAGAGUAUUGGUAAUGGAGCACUUUUUGGGGAACUGGAGCAUUAUGACUUAGACAUGGAUGAGAUAUUAGAUGUGCCUUACAUUAAAUCCAGCCAACAAGUGUCCACCCUGCCCAGAGCAGCCUCAGAGAAGCGGACCUCAGGGAGUAGUGCCAAUGAUAGAUGUGUAGGCCUCAAGGCGUCAUCUCUCACUCAUGCUGACAACCUGAGCGGUGGUACACAAUUUUGUGUACUCCCACCUGUUAACUGGUCAGACAUGAGAAAGUCAAAGUCUAUGGAUCCAGACUAUCUCAGGGCACAAACAGCUGGAUAUGACCAUUCACCAGGCUCCCUGCACCGAUCUAAAGCCGAAGCAGACAAGCUAUUAUCAGGCAGACCUUUUCCAGAUACACCAACCCACAAGACUGGCUCAGACCCUUCUGUCAGUCAGCCUUUGUUUCAUAUUCAGGGAGGUUCAGUUGGAAGGCUAGACAACAGCAAUCCUUGGAGCUGUCCAAAAACAUUUGGAGAAUGUGAUGAAGAAACCAAAAAGUCUCAUAAUAUAAUCAACAUUGUCCGGGAGGGCCAGAUAUCACUCUUGCCUCAUUUUGCGACAGAGAACUUGGAACUCAUUCGAGAUGAGGACAAAAACAACCUUCUUCAUAUCUCUGCUGCACAUGGACAUGCAGACUGCCUGCAGCACCUGACUUCCCUCAUGGGAGAGGACUGUCUCAAUGAACGCAACAACCAGCAGCUCACUCCUGCUGGUUUAGGAGUCAAGAAUGGUCACCUGGAGUGUGUACGUUGGAUGGUGAGUGAGACGGAGGCCAUUGCUGAGCUUAGUUGCACACGGGACCACCCAAGUCUUAUCCACUAUGCAGCACAAUACGGUCAGGAAAAAAUCUUAUUGUGGCUACUACAAUUUAUGCAAGAACAAGCGAUCUCACUGGAUGAAGUGGAUCAGAAUGGGAAUAGCGCAGUGCAUGUUGCUGCUCAGUAUGGUCAUCUUGGCUGCCUUCAGACACUGGUGGAAUAUGGCUCAAAUGUCACAGUUAUGAACCAGCAAGGAGAGAGGCCAUCUCAAUGCGCUGAGCGACAGGGUCAUACCACCUGUGCACGCUACCUGGUGGUUGUGGAGACCUGCAUGUCUUUGGCUUCACAGGUGGUCAAGCUCACGAAGCAACUCCAUGAACAGACUACAGCAAGAAUAGCACUCCAGAAUCAAAUGCAGCUGCUAUUGCAGUCCCAGGACCCCAGUGGAAGGCCACAAUCACCCAGUUUGCUUAUUCCUCCAGCUGAGACCUGGCCUGAGAUGACCCUUACUGCAGAGGGUACCCCUGGUGAUGGGCAGUGGGUACUGAGGCAGAAGCAUGUGGAUUCUGCAUCAGUCCUGCGUAAGAUCCUGGGUAAAGAUAUAGCUGAAAGAAUGGGCAGCAGGGAGAAGGCAUUCCAAGAUGAGGCAGUAGAGGGCGCCAGUGGCACAGACUCAGGAAUGGGGCCUGGAGUUGGCCCUCUCCGAGGUAUGGUGGAAAGGCGGGAGCUGAAACUGGCCCGCCUUAGGCAGAUCAUGCAGCGUUCCCUUAGUGAAUCAGACACAGACUCGUAUCCCCCUGAUGAGUCUAAGCAGUCCACAGGCACCUCCAGACCAGAAAGGCCAAGCCAGCUUCCCAUAGCAGAGAGUGAGGAACCGGUUCCUAUACCUGAUAAGAAGCAUACCUCAGCUGCUGAGCGCAAGUUUUCAUUCACGCUCAGGACUUCCAAGUCCGUGGAUGGAUACAAUCCUUCUCCAACAUCAGACAGUGAUCUUGAUCAUGAAACAAAAACAGACUUUUCAGGAGAAAUGACUGAAUUUAACAACGGGCAAAAAGUCACAAGUCCAAAGAGUGCUCUUAAAUCACCAUCCUCUCGUAGGAAAACCUCACAAAAUCUUAAACUCAGAGUGACUUUUGAAGAAGCACCAGUUGUUCAAAAGUCUUCUCAAGCAGGGGAGGUUAAAGUAGCUUCUGGUAAAGAAAAGACUUCAGAAUCAGGGAAACGACCCUUCGGCGCAUUUCGCUCCAUUAUGGAAUCUUUAAGUGGAAAUCAGAAUGGCAACAAUAAUAAUGCUCAAGGUUCAUCUGUCGGCAAGCACUCGCUUUCAAAUUCAGCACAGAGCCCUUCUGGGAAAAAAUCAGAUGCUAAGGCCAGUCCAGGGGGUCUGUCAAAAUGCAAAACCAAGACCAGCGCUGUUUAAGUGCCUUUCGACAAGGGUGCUGAAAAAGCACCACAGAGCCCUAUUUUUCUUAAAGAAAAAAAAAAGACAAAGUGAAAAAAACCUUGAGUGUUUUGCAACAUGAACGACCAACCAAAACACUUGCGUAAAAGCAAUUUUUUUGCAGUCUAAAGCAAACACUUUUUUUUUUUAAUCACUGGUCACUGUAUAUAAUGUAUAACACACAGUUUCACAUGCAUUCUCCAUAUUAUAUAGAUAUGUGAAAUUGUUACAAGUAUUUUUUAACAUCACUGUGAUUUCGUACAAUCAUGAUUUCAUUUUACAGUCGAAUGUUAGUGAGGAUAAAAAGCGUUUUUUUUUUUUUUGUUUUGUUUGUUUGUUUUUGUUUUUUUUUUAAACACAGUUGUGUUUUAAAACCUUAUUGCAAUGCAAACUAUAAAAAAUGGUUUAAUUACUUUUUAUUAUGUCUUAGUGUUAGGAAAUGAAUGAAUAUUUAUGACCACUACGUUUCACUCAUAACAUGCAUUCCAUUGUUGACACUUUUCCAGACUGGACAGUAUUAGAUACAGGAAGUUAAACCUGCUACAUUGUUGGAAAUGGUUUCCUGAUUUUGAUCAAUCACAAUUUAAGUUUUUUUUGUAAUUGUUUUGUCUGUACCAUUUUUCUUUUAAAACAUAUUUAUGAAUUAUAAUUUAAAUAUCGUUUAAAAGAAAAAAAAAAAAACAUUAUUGCAACUAAUGUA